CAUAGGAUCGUCAUGGAGGAAAAACAAGAGAAAACAAAUAAUUGGAUGAAGUCAUUUAAGAUUAUUGAUCAUUCAAUAUUGAGUAAUUCGAAUUAGAUGGGUCUAAUUUGAAUAUGUUAUCCUUUGCCAAAUCUUCAAAUAAUGACUCACAAAAUGGGGAGCAGGUUCAAAUUAUGGGCAAGGAAAGUAGCGACUUCUCUAAUUACCAUAUUUUAGCUGAAAGGAAACGCCGAGAGAAGCUCAAUCAGAGGUUCAUCGCUUUGACGGCCAUCAUUCCGGGCCUAAAGAAGAUGGACAAGGCUUCAAUCCUUGAAGAGGCCAUUAACUACGUGAAACAAUUGGAAGAGCAAGUGAAGACACUCGAAGAACAAAAUAAGACAAAAAUAAUUGAAUCGGUGGUGUUUGUGAAAAGAUCUAGGGUUUCAGAACAAGAAGAAGAUGAGCUUGAUCACUUUUCGAGUAAUGGCGCAUUACCAGAAGUCGAAGCCAUAUUCUACAACAAAGAUGUUCUUAUAAAGAUUCAUUGUGAAAAGAAGAAUGGAGUCGUCGAAAAGCUUAUUUCUUAUAUUGAAAACAUCCAUUUGGUUGUAAUCAAUACUAGUGCAUUAGGUUUUGGAUGUGCAUCUCUUCAUGCAACAAUUGUUGCUCAGAUGGAUGUUGAGUUCAGUAUGACAACUAAAGAUCUAGUCACACAUUUACAUGCUGCUCUCAAACGUUUGAUGGGAUAAUUAAAAGAUCGAAGAAGGGCACAUAUAGCUACUAGCUAGGCGUUGUUUAAUGUUUCAAAUUAAACAUGUUAAAAGUGUAAUUAACUACUAAAUUUGGUCUCAUGUAUUACUAAUCUUGGUCGUACCAAGUACCAACUAAAUUGGGAUUGAAAGUGUUUAAUCCAAUUAUUUGUUUGGUGUCUUAGUGCACUUUCUUGAGUUUUGUGUC